UUUGAGGUUAAACUCACGCGAGUUUCAGCCCUGCGUUGGAUAAUAAGACAAGUUUCGCAAUCAGCUGUCAACCAAUUCAUUCGCUUGUAAACAACGACGGCUCCCGUUGCUCAAGUCUCGCUCUCCACAAUAAAAGCGGGCCAAAAGGAAAAGGUCUUUAAAUUUGUUAAACAAUAUCUAUCGGAAUCUGCCCUAACUAGCUGAAAAUUGCGUGCUAGAACUAUGGAACAAGAUGAAUUCACUUUGGAAUACUUCUGUAGACUGUGUGCCGCGGAGGGGGUGGUGAUACACCCGUUGUUUCCUCCGGGGGACGAUGACCCGAAAGAUGAACUGGUCAGAAUGAUCGACGUGCUAACCUCGGUUACGUUAACACGAACUCAGGACUCGUGUGCGGUCAUCUGCGACAAAUGUCUCCAGAUGUUGGAUCUGUUUUGUAGAUUUCGAGAGGAAUGCCUACGGCAGGAUGUUAUGAUAAGAACACGGCGUGUUCUGGACAAAGAACGGUUGGAAGAAGAGCGACGGAUGGCAGCUCAGCAGUUGCUAGCAAACCAGCAGGCAAUUGUUCAAAUUAAAGAGGAAGAAACUCCCGAACCGCCAACCAUUGUGAUAGAUGACUGUAAAGAAGAACAAGAAGAUGAUGAAGAUGUGGCAGGCGUAGAACCACAAUCAACGGAAGCAGUGCUUCAAUCUAGUCUCGUAGCAAAUAGUACUUUCCAGUCACCGGCUGAGAUCUCACUUUAUUCACAGACGAGCAAUCUUUCUAUAUCGGUCCAUGUUAAUCAGAUUUCACUGAACGGAAGUGUCAGCUCAGAACCAGCGGAAUCGUCUGAGUCAACAGGCGUAGAACUGCGUCCUCAGCGAGCAGCCUUCCGAAAAGGAAAACUCGAUCCCAACAAGCCGCCGCCUGACUGUGAGCUUUGCCAGGAAAGUUUCGCAACCCAUUACGACUAUGAGCAGCACAUGGACAAUGUGCACGCGUGGGAUCGUGGCACGCGUUGCUCACUGGCGUGCGACCCGUGUCAAAUGCGGUUCACCAAGUCGUACAAUCUAAAGCGGCACAUGUACGAGGUUCACGGAGAGCUGGCACCCGGACUGACAGUAACUGCGUGUGAAUACUGCGGACUGCGGUUUCUGCGCGGUUACACACUUAACCGACACGUGGCCAAAAUGCACAGUAAGCGAAAAUCGAAAAAACUGAUGGUGAUCAAGAGUAAGUGAGUUGGUAAAGAGAAUUAGGUUUAAGAGGAGAGGGAAGUCUGGCGGUCAGGCCGAACUAAUCGUACCAGUGGCCAUAUAUAUGAGUGUAAAAAACAAAAGACAUUAGACUUAUAAUGACUGAUGAGACGUCUUGCACUGGUGGCAAUUUUUGGUAGUUCUUUUUUCAUUUAUUCAAAAAUCAACUUUGAUGGGUUUAUCGGCUUAAUCAGUCCGUGUAUACUAGCAAAAACGAUUUGUUUUUUCUUAUUCCGACAGUUUCGGUGACGGUGACUGUCGGAAUAAGAAAAAACAAAUCGUUUUUGCUGGUAUACACGGACUGAUUAAGCCGAUAAACCCAUCAAACUAACCGUUUCAGUCGUCAUAUAAACAAAUUCAAAAAUCAACAUUAAGAGAUUUGGUUGAUAUCAGGAUUACGAUUUAAUUCUUCGGUAAAGUACCUGAAAUAGGUACUUUUUUAAUUCUGCUUGAUUUAUUUUGAAACCCAUAUGUAUAUUCUCGGUAUUGGGAUGAGCGAUUCCACUUAGCUGGCUAAAGGUUAUCUUCGCUUUGCAAUCAAAUUUUGGAUAUUCAAAGAAAAAUAGCGCACUGUUGAAAAUCUAUACAUAAACAGCAUGUUUGUACAUUAAAAUAUGUCAACCUAAUUGAUCACCAUCUAUUUUACCAGGGUCAAGAUAGUCUCUCGCGUAUUCCUCAGAAAAGAUAUUUUUUAAUUUAAAGAGCAGAAAGCAAACUACUAUUCAUAAAACAAGGUGUAUUUAUUUCUAAUCAGUAUUAGUUUUCCUAACAUUAACGGUGUAAUCUCGUAUCGACAAAAUAUAUAAUCUCUAAAAAACGCAUAUUCCC